AUGUGUUUCCGGUCCCCGUUGGCCAAGCGCGCUCGGCCUGCCGGCAAGAGUCAGCCCGACGACAUGCCUGGCGACAAGCCUGACAAUAAGCCUGACGACAAACCUGAAGACAAGCCUGACGACCAGCCUGAUGGCCAACCUGACAACAAGCCCGACAACAAGCCCGAUGAGUCGCUGCCUGAAGACAAAUCCCAUCCCGGGCGCCCAGAUGCCUCGAAAGCCGCCCAGCGAAGGAAACCCCUAGUCCCUCCGGGCCUCUUCAGAGACAAAGAUGAUGAAGGCAGCACCGUCAAUGCAGGCUAUACUUUCCGGGGCCGUUGGAAGCCACCCAUGGGAGGGAGCGGACGGAAGUCGUGGCCAACCAACCAACCAUUCAUAUGA